GGCCACCAACUUUUUUUCUAUCUAAUCGCUUCAACAACCCCACCACUUCUUCUACUACUAGUACCUGCGGCAUCUAUUUCGAUCGCUUCGACAUAUUCGCGUGUUUCUUUUCUUGUCUCUCGUGGUAACCCCGUCGCCGCUGCGCGGUGAAACUUCUGCACCAUGGCCACCAUGACCAUGACCGCGACGGUCAAUAAGAAGACGGCGAAGAAGAACAACAAGCUGAUCCCCGAGAACGAGCGAUACAUGCGAGCAUGCUCCGACAUUGCAAAUGCACUCAUUCAAGAAUAUGAGUCGCAGAGAGACAUCUCGGCGCCGCGGAAGGACAUCAAUCUCAACAAGCUGCGGGGCAUGAUCGCGAAAAAGCACUCCCUCGCAACCCAACCGCCACUGACAGCUAUCAUUGCCGCCGUGCCGGAACACUAUAAGAAAUAUAUCUUGCCGAAGUUGAUUGCGAAGCCAAUCCGGACCUCCUCUGGUAUUGCCGUUGUCGCUGUGAUGUGCAAGCCUCACCGAUGCCCUCAUAUCGCGUAUACCGGUAACAUUUGCGUCUACUGUCCCGGUGGCCCCGAUUCCGACUUUGAGUACUCUACACAAUCCUACACCGGAUACGAGCCGACGUCGAUGCGUGCGAUCCGCGCUCGCUACGAUCCGUUCGAGCAAGCGAGAGGACGAGUGGACCAGAUCAAGUCUCUGGGCCACAGUGUGGAUAAAGUGGAAUACAUCAUCAUGGGUGGAACUUUCAUGUCACUGCCGGAGGAUUAUCGGGAUACCUUCAUUUCUCAGCUUCACAACGCUCUAAGUGGAUAUCAAACGGACAACGUGGACGAGGCCGUGCUGGCAGGUGAAAUGAGUAACACGAAGUGCGUUGGUAUCACAAUCGAGACCCGCCCGGAUUACUGCCUGGACACCCAUUUGAGCAGCAUGCUUCGCUACGGCUGCACCCGACUGGAGAUCGGUGUGCAGAGUCUGUACGAGGAUGUUGCGCGGGACACGAAUCGUGGUCAUACCGUUGCGGCUGUCGCCGAGACUUUCAAGCUCGCCAAGGAUGCGGGUUUCAAGGUUGUCAGCCACAUGAUGCCUGAUUUGCCCAACGUCGGAAUGGAGCGCGACCUGUUCCAAUUCCAGGAAUAUUUCGAGAACCCUGCCUUCCGCACGGACGGCCUCAAGAUCUAUCCCACUCUCGUCAUCCGUGGAACCGGUCUCUACGAGCUGUGGCGGACUGGUCGCUACAAGAACUACACGCCCAAUGCCUUGAUUGAUCUCGUUGCCCGUAUCCUGGCAUUGGUCCCUCCAUGGACUCGAAUCUACCGUGUCCAACGUGAUAUCCCCAUGCCCCUCGUCACUUCCGGUGUCGAGAACGGUAACUUGCGCGAGUUGGCUCUGGCCCGGAUGAAAGACUUCGGAACGACUUGCCGGGAUGUCCGUACACGAGAGGUCGGCAUCAAUGAGGUUAAGAACAAGAUUCGUCCUUCGCAGGUGGAGCUUAUUCGUCGUGACUAUGCCGCGAACGGUGGCUGGGAAACCUUCCUGGCCUAUGAAGAUCCCAAGCAGGAUAUUCUUAUUGGCUUGCUUCGUCUGCGCAAGUGCAGUGACACUCACACUUUCCGCCCUGAGUUCACUGGUCAGCAGACUAGUAUUGUUCGCGAGCUGCAUGUCUAUGGUUCUGCCGUGCCUCUUCACGGACGUGAUGCUCGCAAGUUCCAACAUCGUGGUUUCGGAACCUUGCUCAUGGAAGAGGCCGAGCGCAUCGCCCGUGAGGAGCACGGAAGCACCAAGAUUAGUGUCAUUUCAGGUGUCGGCGUGCGUAGCUACUACGCGCGCUUGGGAUACACCCUAGAUGGUCCUUACAUGUCCAAGAUGCUGGACCCGUACGAGGAUGAAGAAUAAAUCAACGCAACUCAGAGGGAAAGGUCAUAUCGGUCGAUUCUGCAUAUACCAGGCGUUAGGGGAGCACGUUCCAAAAGUGGUUUCUUGUGGCAUAAUGAUGAACAAUGAUGAAAUGUCUAUACUUGAUUGCGACACAUAGCAAAUUAUCCCUGCUAAGAUCAAGAGAUAAGAACUAGUAAUAAUAGAUUCCGAGCCGCUAUGUACAUAUCGCGCAGAAAAAGGCUGCUUGUGUAUGCAUACUCGAGCAAAGAGAAGACCGGGAGACCUGCCCAGCAAAUGUCUUCCUCCAUAAGAGAGCAACUGCAGACUUUAUCGCUGCAUACCGACGGACUCCGGUAACCACGCGGGCGAAGGGUAAGCGGAGGACAGCGAGUAAUCGAAAAACGCCUGGUUGAUUACAACCUGCUGAUGCGUUUCAGAACUUCCCCGCCCUCUCGCACCGUGGUCACGCAUGAUUCCCCUAAAGACAGACCGAAUUAUAUCAGACCCCUCGAUGAUUGCAAAAAUGACAAAAGGACCGUUCCGACACCGAAUGAGAAGAUAUGUUAUUGUAGUUGUUGUAAUUGGUUUUCUUUUUCAAGCUGUGGGAUUUAACGAAGUGAUAUGGCACCGCCCCGGCUGUCUCGAAGGUGGAGGUAGGCUUGGAAACCACAGAAGACGAAGAAAC